AUGGCCGGAGAACGCUCUGGCAGUGGGGAUGCUGGCUUGCCCGCCGCCCAGCUGGGCGAUUAUGAGCGCCGAGCUGCUCUAGCGGUAGGUGUCGAUCGUGCAGGCUUUGCAACAGAAAGGGACGGCGUGAAUUGGAACUCUGACCCAUGGCUCGAGCUGUUGAACGUGCAGGAGAAGGCGGUUGCGGAGCUUGUGGAACAAGUUGAGCAGCUGGUCAACUUUGAUGCCCACCAGCCGCUCCCGUGGCAGGCGACAUCGUCCCUCGUCAUCGCUGCUCAGAAUGAACAUCGCCAACUGCAGUACCGCUUGCAGCGUUUGGAUCAGGCUAGUGGCGCUGCCACUGCUGCUGCCACUGUCGCCAAUGACUAUUUUACCACCGCGCCAGGGCUGCCUGAAAGCGAUGACGCCCUAUUGGAGGCUCUUCUGUCGGGCAACGAGGCAUUUGCACUGGUGGCGGCGCGACACCGACAUGUGGAUGCCAACGAGCUGGUGGUAUCUGAGCAGCCCUUGCAGGAACCCGCUGCCGCUGCUGCUGCCGCUGCCAGCGACGCUCUGAUGUACCCACCCCAUGCGGGUUUGGCAACGAGCGGCGUAGCAGCAGCCCAGGCGGAUGCCGACCUACUAGCUUGCGUCAAGGCGCGCGAUGCACUAGCCAUCACUCAGCGCCUGCAACAGCCGCACGGCAUGGCUGAGGUCAACGAGGCUGAUUACUGCGGGGAAACACCCUUGCUGGCUGCCGUGGCCAAUGACGACGAAGCCGUGGUUUGCCAGUUGUUGCGAGCCAAUGCCAACGUGCUCGCCCAGGUUCACGUGUGCUUGUGGACGCCGCUGCACCGUGCGGCCGCCCGUGGGAAUGCACGCAUUGUUGAUGUACGUCGUUGUCGCUCGCUGAGCACUGUGCACUGUGCUCCCGUGACGGUUGGUGUGUGGCGUUAG